AACAUCAAAACACAAUUAACUCAGAAUCUGUCAACUCAAUUUCCAGAAUUGCCUUUAACAAGUUUUCACAGCUCCUUUUCUAUAUAAACUACAGAAUUUUUUACAUAUCAUAUACUACAGAAUUUACUGAUGCACUUCCUUCCUGCACCACCAUUCCACCAAUACUAGUCGUACUCGUUAACAUUACCAUUACCAUUACCAUCGAUGUUAACCGUAAGUCUGUAACAUUUCUUCCAGUUUACAUCAGGAACCUGUUGGUUUUUUACCCUAUAAACUAGCAAUUUUCCGAGUGCUUUCCCUAUUUCUCGUACCCAUGGACCCAAUAAAAUUAUACCAGCAAAAACUUAAAACACAAAAGAGACGUAUCUCUGCCACAUUAAUUGCUCUAUAUCUCUCUAUAACCCCACCCAUGAUCUUUCUUCUACAUACACAAGAUCUCUUCCUGGUCCAUUUGUACGUAUACUUGCUUGCCAUUUCUAUUGAGACAUGUAAAGAAAGUUCGCGUUCACUAAAUUUCUUCAUCUGUACAAGUACAUGGCAGCUACGCGCUACUUCCUUGCCAUAAUACAGUCAUCUGACAAAUACAAAAGAUUCAAGGAAUAGGAAUAAUAGAUUCUUACCUCACUAUAUAAAACCUUCCAAACACAGCUUAGAAGCCUGCACAAUAACUUUUGGACGCUCUUUUACUACGGCUUAUCUGCUCUUGAGCGCCACAAAAAUUCUUUUAGCACUUAAGCAUGUCCUUUUCUUGCACAAAAUCAUUUUUCAACCGCUUCUACACAGAUGAGCUGAGGAUCGAAGGAAGUAGCUAUGGUAACGUUUUCUCUAGUGAUAUCUUGCCAUCUCUUGGUGCUCGAAUGAACCAAGCCAUAAAACACAAAAAACAUAUUGUUUCACCUUUUGAUCCUCGCUAUAGGGCAUGGGAGAUGCUUCUAGUUGUCCUGGUUGUGUACUCGGCAUGGAUCUGCCCUUUUGAAUUCGCGUUCCUUACAUAUAAACGGGAUACAAUCUUCAUCAUUGAUCACAUUGUCAAUGCCUUUUUUACCAUUGAUAUAGUUCUUACCUUCUUCGUUGCAUAUCUUGAUCGUAGGUCUUACCUACUUAUUGAUGAUCAUAAGAAAAUUGCAGUCAGGUAUCUAUCAACCUGGUUUAUUUUCGAUGUCUGCUCAACAGCGCCUCUUCAGACAUUCAGCCUCAUCUUUACGAACCACAAUGGUGGACUGGGGUUUGAAGCACUUAACAUGCUCAGACUCUGGAGACUUCGAAGAGUCAGCUCACUGUUUGCAAGGCUUGAGAAAGAUAUCAGAUUCAACUACUUUUGGACCCGCUGCACUAAACUUGUCUCAGUAACUCUAUUUGCUGUUCACUGUGCUGGAUGCUUCUAUUAUCUCAUAGCAGAUAGAUACCCUGAUCCGAAGAAAACAUGGAUUGGUGCAGUAAAUCCGGAUUUUAAAUCACAGAGCAUAGGGAAAAGAUAUAUUUCCUCGAUUUACUGGUCUAUUGUGACACUAACUACAACUGGUUACGGUGACCUACAUGCUGAAAACACAAUUGAGAUGAUAUUCGACAUCUUCUACAUGCUGUUCAACCUCGGACUCACAUCUUAUCUUAUCGGAAACAUGACAAACCUUGUUGUUCACUGGACCAGUCACACCCGAACUUUUAGGGAUACAGUCAGGGCUUGUUCAGAAUUCGCAACACGCAAUCAGCUUCCUCCACGAAUACAGGACCAAAUGCUGUCACAUAUUUGUCUGAAGUUCAAAACAGACAGUUUAAAACAGCAUGAGACCCUGAAUGAUCUUCCCAAAGCUCUUCGCUCGAACAUUGCACAACAUCUUUUUUUUCCCAUUCUCCAGAAAGUACAGCUUUUCCGUGGAGUAUCACAAAACUUUUUUUUACAACUGUUUUCAGACAUAGAGGCUGAAUAUUUCCCACCUAGAGAAGAUGUCAUUUUACAAAAUGAAGCGCCAACAGAUAUGUAUAUCCUUGUGUCCGGUUCACUGGACAUGGUAGCUCACAUUAAUGGGCAUGAACAGGUUAUUCAAAAGAUACUUGCAGGAGAUAUAUUUGGAGAUAUUGGAGUCCUGUGUGACAGACCGCAGCCCUUCACAGUUCGGACCACAGAGCUGUCUCAGAUACUAAGGCUAAAUAGAACUUCGAUUACAAAUUCUUUUCACACACACAAGGAAGACGGACACAUCAUUAUGAGCAAUCUGUAUCUGAAACUCAAGUCUCUAGAAAGCCUAGGUUGUUUAAUGCAGCCAGUAGUUGAGGAAUACCUUUGUGGUGGAUGGUUUCAUGGUCCACACAGAUGUAAAAUGUGCUCUACAAUUGGAUGUGAAGCCCGAUUCCAUGAAAGUUCCUUGACUAAUGAAGGAUGGAAGGCCACGUACAAGGUGGACGCUAAAGAAUUCCACAAUCCAACUACAUGUGGCAUGGGAAUUCAAUCAGAGAUCCAAAACGAUCAACCAAAGUUUGGUUCAGCUGUUCAGGAUAAAGAACUUGGUGCAGUUAAGAUUCUGGUCGAUGAAGGUGCUGACACGAAGUGGGGAGCAUCAAAUUUCUCAGUGCAACAAGGAAGUGAAAAUAUAUAUAGUGAACAAAUACUUCAUAGAAAAAGAGAAUCAAGUGAUAGGAUUAGUGUAGAGGCUGGUGAAAUACAAUCACCAGGGUUCCAGAACAACCAUGAGAACCGAGAAUGCAGCAAGAACUAUUGUAGCCAGGCAGUAGCAGAGAUGUCUAGACCAAGCUAUUCUGGAGUAGCAACUACAAACUUAAACAAUAAUAUUAGAGUUAUCAUUCACGUGCAGUCACAAAGUGACCGUAUAGAGAAGCAGUUUGGAAAAUUGAUUGUUCUGCCUGAUAGCAUUGAAGAACUGUUCAGUAUUGCAGGCCAGAAGUUCGGUGGAUGCUUUACAAGAAUUACCAGCACUGAUAAUGCAGAAGUAGAAGAUGUUGGUGUCAUUAGAGAUGGAGAUCAUCUAUUUUUUCUGCAAUAAUCGAGGUUCCAAAGAGUCCAAUGCAAUUUAGCUGCAUAAUUAGAAUGCAAGUUGCAAAUAAAUGGAACUCUUCUAACCUCCUUCCAAAAUAAAUUUUGAGGAAAUGAAAAGUGUAUCAUAGAACAGAUGGGAUAAUUGGGUAGGAAACUUGUAAAUCAAUUAAGUUCCUUAACUUACUGAAAUUGAAAGGGGAAGCCCUCAUUUGAGUGUUUAAUACAACAGUAGAUUAUUAAAGAGGUCCUUGAACCUCUUCUUCCUUGUGACUGUCUAUCAGUAUUGUAUAACAAUAGUUUUUGUUCUACAUUGCAUUUAGACUUUACUGAAGUGGACUUAACUUUCCACAGCAAUUGUCACCAA